AUGGCCCACACCUCUGACCAGGAGGAAGGACCUGGUGGGGGACACAGCGAGUUCAGUGAUAUCAUUAAGUCCAGAUCAGAUGAACACAAUGAUGUACAGAAAAAGACAUUUACAAAAUGGAUAAAUGCUCGCUUUUCCAAGAGUGGGAAGCCCCCAGUUAAGGAUAUGUUCACAGAUUUGAAGGAUGGAAGGAAGCUUUUGGACCUUUUGGAGGGUCUGACGGGGAAACCUCUGGCUAAAGAGCGAGGUUCUACACGAGUUCAUGCCUUAAAUAAUGUUAACCGAGUACUGCAAGUCUUGCAUCAGAACAAUGUGGAGUUGGUGAAUAUAGGAGGAACUGACAUCGUUGAUGGAAACCACAAGCUGACGCUGGGGCUGCUGUGGAGCAUUAUCUUGCACUGGCAGGUGAAGGAUGUAAUGAAGAACAUCAUGUCAGAUUUGCAGCAGACCAACAGUGAGAAGAUUCUGCUGAGUUGGGUUCGGCAGUCCACAAGGCCUUACAGUCAAGUCAAUGUCCUGAACUUCACCACGAGCUGGGCAGAUGGACUUGCCUUUAAUGCUGUCAUCCACAGACACAAACCUGAGCUUUUCUGCUGGGAUAAGGUUAUAAAUAUGUCCCCAGUUGAGAGACUGGAACAUGCUUUCAGCAUAGCCAAGAACCACUUGGGAAUUGAGAAACUGUUGGAUCCUGAAGAUGUUGCUGUACAGCUUCCAGACAAAAAGUCUAUUAUUAUGUAUUUAACCUCUUUGUUUGAGGUCCUUCCUAAGCAAGUCACCAUGGAAGACAUCCGGGAGGUGGAGACGCUUCCAAGGAGAUACAAGCAGGGAUGUGAGGAUGGAGAGUUCAACGUGCAGCAGGCUGCAGCAGUUGAGGAGGAGCAGGGCAGUUCUAGAGCAGAGACUCCCAGCACAGUGACAGAGGUGGAUAUGGACUUGGAUAGCUACCAAGUUGCUCUGGAAGAUGUUCUUACAUGGUUGCUGUCAGCUGAGGAUCAAUUUCGGGAACAGGAGGAAAUAUCUGGUGAUGUUGAGGAAGUCAAGGAGCAAUUUUCCACCCACGAAGGUUUUAUGAUGGAACUGACUGCACACCAGAGCAGUGUGGGCAGCGUCCUGCAGGCUGGAAACCAACUGGUGGCUCAGGGAAAUCUGUCUCCUGAAGAGGAAUUUGAGAUCCAGGAGCAAAUGUUGCUGCUGAACUCCCGCUGGGAAGAGCUACGGGUGGAGAGCAUGGACAGGCAGUCCCGCCUGCAUGACAUGCUGAUGGAGCUCCAGAAGCAGCAGCUGCAGCAGCUGUCUGACUGGCUGACGGUCACUGAAGAACGCAUUCAGAAGAUGGAAUCUCAGGUCUUAGCAGAGGAUUUGGAGUGCCUUCAAAAACAGCUGGAAGAACAUAAAAGCCUGCAGAGUGACCUGGAGGCAGAACAGGUGAAAGUAAACUCCCUAACACACAUGGUUGUCAUUGUUGACGAAAGCAGUGGGGAAAGUGCAACAGCUAUGCUAGAGGAACAAUUGCAGAGGCUGGGUGAGCGCUGGACGGCGGUUUGUCGCUGGACUGAGGAGCGACGGGUCAAGUUGCAAGAAAUUCAGCCUUUAUGGCAGGAGCUGCUGGAAGAACAGUGCUUAUUGAAAGCUUGGUUAACUGAGAAAGAAGAGGCUUUGAGCAAGGUCCAGACAAGCAACUUCAAAGAUCAAACAGACCUUAGUGUGAAUGUUCGAAAACUAGCAAUUUUAAAAGAGGACAUGGGUAUGAAGCGGCAAACACUAGACCAGCUGAAUGAGCUAGGUCAGGAUGUGGCCCAAAUCCUUGGGAAUGGCAGAGUCUCCAGUAAAAUUGACCAGGAUCAAGAAGAACUAACUCAGAGGUGGGACAGUUUGGUUCAGAAGCUAGAGGAUUACUCUAACCAGGUAGCUCAAGCUGUAGGAAGUGUAGGGAUGUCACAGGUUUCACAGAAGACUGCUGCAGAAACAACAUCAUUGAAGGAACAUGUAGUGGUUAAACAAACCAAACAGGAAUUGCCCCCACCACCACCCCCAAAGAAAAGGCAAAUCCCAGGGGACAGUGAAGCAAAGAAAAAGUUUGAUGCUGAAAGUACUGAGCUCUUGAACUGGAUUUCAAAAUCAAGAUCUGCCAUUCAGGCUGCAGACAUCAAAGAGUACAAGAAGAUGAGAGACACUUCAAAUGUGAAAGAAAAGUUGAAGGUGAUGGAAAAAGAAAGGAUUGAAAAAAGCCAAAAGUUAGAUGAACUGAAACGAAGUGGACAUGUUAUUUUGGAUCAACUGGGAAAGGAAGGACUUUCUACAGUGGAUGUAAAAACUUUGAUGGAGAAAAUAUUGUCAGAGUGGAAAGAUGUGGUUCAACAUCUGGAAGAAAUGGCCAGAAAGAUGAAGUACCAGGAAGAUAUAAAUGCUUAUUUUAAGGAAAUGAGUGAUCUUGAGAAGACUGUAAUUGAGAAGGAUGGCUGGCUUAAAAAUGAGGCUUCUUCAGCAUCACAGCCCUCAGCAGUCCUGAAGGACUUAUGCCAGCGGGAGCUAACUCAUCUUCUAAGCCUGACUCCACAAUUAGAACACCUGAAAGCCACCUGCAGGACACUCAUGUCUCAGCCCAUGCCUCCAAACUUUAUUCAAGAGAGCUUGAAUGGUUUUCUUGAUCACUUCAAGUUGACUUGUCAGAAACUAGAGGAAUGUUACCAGCAGCUGAAGAAAGAGACAGAAAGUCAGCCGAGCCAGGACUAUGUGGAUGCACUGCAGCAGCUGAAGGACACGCUGAGCCAACUGGAGUGCGAGCAGCAGCCCAGGGCCAGUGGGCUGAGCGACCCCAGCAAGGUUGAGAAGGCACUGCAGCAGGCAAAGGUGAUUUAUGAGACACUGGAAGCACAGAAGCCCAAGAUGGAUAAACUUGCUGAAGAAACGACGACUUUGGAGAAACAUGCUUCUUCUGAUAUAAAAAAGGUCUACAUGCAAGAGUUCAAGCAUGUGCAGGGACAUUGGGAGAGGCUAAAGCUUCAUAUUUCCAAAGAAGUUAAGCUACUGGAGGAAAUUACAUCCAAGCUGAGAAUAUUUGAGACUGAUUCAAAGGUUGUUCAGAAAUGGAUGGAUGGUGUGAAAGACUUCUUAUUGACAGAAAAAGCUGUUCAAGGAGAUACUGAAGGACUUCAAAGACAACUUGACCAAUGCACAAUGUUUGUCAACGAAAUGGAGAAGAUUGAACCAUCACUGAAAGAGAUGAAAGAGGUAGAGUCUGCUUUAAGAGCUCAGCCUAUUGCUGGCAUUAAUACUUGGGCAAAGUCAAGGCUAGUAGACUGCCAGACUCAGUGGGAGAAACUGAGCAAACAGAUCGUUAGUCAGAAAAAUCGCCUGUCUGAAAGUCAGGAAAAAGCUGUAAAUCUGAAGAAGGAUUUGGCAGAGAUGCAAGAAUGGAUGACCCAAGCUGAAGAAGAGUAUUUGGAGAAAGAUUUUGAAUACAAGUCCCCUGAAGAGCUAGAGAAUGCGGUGGAGGAAAUGAAGAGAGCGAAGGAGGAUGUGUUGCAGAAAGAGGUGCGGGUGAAGAUUCUCAAAGACAACAUCAAGAUGUUGGCCACCAAAGUGCCGUCUAGCGGUCAGGACCUGGCGACUGAGCUGAAUGUUGUGCUGGAGAACUACCAGCUACUGUGCAAUAGGAUCCGGGGGAAAUGUCACACUUUGGAGGAGGUGUGGUCCUGUUGGAUUGAGCUGCUUCAGUAUCUUGAUUUAGAAACAGCUUGGCUAAACAAUCUGGAGGAAAGGGUGCAAAUGACUGAAAAUUUGCCUGAUAAGUUGGAUGCUGUCAAUGAUGCUCUUGAGUCCCUGGAAUCAGUCCUGCGUCAUCCAGCUGAUAAUCGAACCCAGAUUCGAGAACUUGGGCAGACACUGAUUGAUGGAGGGAUUCUUGAUGAUAUCAUCAGUGAAAAAUUGGAGGCUUUCAAUGCCCGCUAUGAGGAAUUGAGUCACUUGGCGGUGAGCCGGCAGAUAGCCUUGGAGCAGCAGCUUCAGACCAUGCGAGAAACCGACCACAUGCUGCAGGUCUUGCAAGAAAACUUAGCAGAGCUGGAUAGACAGCUGACAUCUUACCUGACUGAUAGGAUAGAUGCCUUCCAGAUGCCCCAGGAAGCCCAGAAAAUUCAAGCUGAGAUUGCAUGCAGGUCUCCCCGUGGUGGAACUCAGCUGGAUGCUUUGCAGAGAAAACUCCGUGAAGUAUCUACAAAGUAUCAGCUUUUCCAGAAACCAGCCAAUUUUGAGCAACGCAUGUUGGAUUGCAAGCGGGUGUUGGAUGGUGUAAAAGCAGAACUGCAUGUCUUGGAUGUGAAGGAUACCGACCCAGAUGUAAUCCAAGCUCAUCUGGAUAAGUGCAUGAAACUCUAUAAGACCCUCAGUGAGGUGAAACUGGAGGUUGAAACUGUCAUAAAGACAGGAAGACAAAUUGUACAGAAACAACAGACAGAUAAUCCCAAAGGCAUGGAUGAACAACUGACAGCACUGAAAUUUCUUUACAAUGACUUGGGGGCGCAGGUGACAGAAGGAAAACAAGACCUUGAAAGAGCAUCCCAGCUGGCACGCAAAAUGAGGAAAGAGGUUGCCUGUCUGUCAGAGUGGCUGGCUACCACUGAGGCUGAGCUUGUGCAGAAGUCCACUUCAGAGAGCUUGCUUUCUGAUCUGGAUUCAGAAAUUGCCUGGGCCAAAAAUGUGCUGAGGGAACUGGAGAGGAGGAAAGCUGAUCUGAAGAGCAUUACAGAAAGCUGCACUGCACUCCAGGCUCUGGUAGAAGGGAGUGAGGCUUCCUUGGAGGAGAAGCUGUGUGUCCUUAACGCUGGCUGGAGCAGAGUUCGAACCUGGACAGAGGACUGGUGUGACACCUUGUUGAAUCAUCAGAGCCAGCUGGAAAUUUUUGAUGAAAAUGUUGCCCAUAUAAGUACUUGGUUGUAUCAGGCUGAAGCCUUGCUGGAUGAGAUUGAGAAAAAGUCAGCAAGCAAAAAGGAGGAAACCGUGAAGCGCUUAACAUCUGAAUUAGAUGAUGUUAGUCUGCGAGUGGAUAAUGUGCGUGAUCAGGCCAUCAUUCUAAUGAACGGCCGGGGGGUGGCCUGCCGGGAGCUUGUUGAACCCAAACUGGCUGAGCUGAAACGCAACUUUGAGAAGGUCUCUCAGCACAUCAAAAGUGCCAAGAUGCUUGUUGGACAGGAACGACUUCCUGGCAUGUCAGAGCCCCGUGAAGUCAGAGUAGCUUUUCCAGACCUGGAAAAAUUUGAGGCUGACAUACAGAAUAUGUUAAAAGUUGUGGAAAAACAUCAGGAGUUGAGUGGGGAAGAUGAAAAGCUGGAUCAAGAAAGAACUCAGAUUGAAGAAGUUUUACAGAGAGGAGGGCAGUUGUUACAGCAGCCUAUGGAGGACGAUAUGAGAGAGAAGAUUCGCAUACAGCUGUUGCUGCUGCAGAAAAAAUACAACAGUGUGCAGGAGUGCAGGUCGUUUCAAAAGAGGCAGGUAGUGGAACUCUCGCCAGUGUUUUCCCAGUAUAAGAAGGAACACAACAGCCUAAUGAAGUGGCUGGAUGAGGCUGAGCACCGUCUGUCAGGACUGCAAGGUGUGGAAGAUGAACAAAAACUACAGGCAAUCCCUGUCCAGCAGAGGUUAAAAGGCCACUUUGCCGCAGGGGUUAGGACCUUGCCUUUUGCGACUGAAUACUUGGUUGAAAUCAACAAAGUCUUGCUGGCCAUGACUGAUGUUGAACUGCUGCUGAAUACACCGGAGCUGAACACUGGCAUCUAUGAGGAUUUUUCAACUCAGGAAGAUGCACUGAAGAACAUAAAAGAUGUUUUGGAUAAACUUGGAGAUCAAAUUGCUGUCAUUCAUGAGAAGCAGCCUGAUGUUAUAUUAGAAGCAUCUGGACCUGAGGCGUUACAAAUAGGAGAUGCACUAACCCAGUUGAAUGCGGAAUGGGAUAGAAUUAAUAGAAUGUACAAUGAUCGGAAGUGUUGCUUUGAUAGAGCAAUAGAGGCGUGGAGGCAGUUCCACUGUGAUCUCAAUGACCUCUCCCACUGGAUAACGGAAGCUGAAGUGUUAUUAGCUGAUGCCCAGGGUCCAGAUGGCAGCCUGGAGCUACAGACAGCUGGCCUGCAUCAGCAGGAACUUGAAGAAGGAGUCAGCAGCCAUCAGGCCAGCAUUUCAGCAUUGAACAGAACUGGGGAAGGAAUCAUACAGAAACUGUCUGCUACAGAUGGGAGCUUCCUGCAGGAGAAGCUGGCGGGAUUGAAUAGACGCUGGAAAGCAAUCACCACAGAGGUCAUGGAUAGACAACAAAGGCUAAAAGGAGACAAUCAGCAGCUGAUAGAGUACAGAAAGAAGCUUGAUGAGCUGCGUUGCUGGUUGGAAAAUGUAGAAAAUGCUCUGGACACAAGAUUUACAUUCAACCAUGAAGAAAACUUGAGGGAAUUACAGAUCUUAAAUAUGGAGAUGGAAGUACAGGGAGACAAUCUGCAGUGGCUGAACAGAACUGAACCAGAAGUGCUUUUGGAUAAAAAUGUUGAUCUUCAGGAAAAAGAGAAAUUUUCUGAUUGCCUGCAGUCCCUCAACGUGAGGUGGAAUAAGGUGUUCAGAGAGGUGCCUGACAGAGUGAGAGAAUUGGAGGCAUUUGUUGGGCAGUCUCAUCUUGUUACACAGACAAAGCCUUCUGAUGUCCAAAAGGUGGUGCUAGUAUCUUCUUCAUUGGAAAUUCCUGUUCAGACUCAGCAGGCUUUGGAACUUUCUGCACCUGCUGAUCUGGAUAAAACUACGACUGAGCUGGCUGAGUGGUUGGUAUUGAUUGACCAGAUGCUCAAGUCGAACGUAGUCACCGUGGGAAAUGCUGAAGAGAUCAAUCGGACUAUUGCACGACUGAAAGUAACAAAGGCAGAUUUGGACCAGCGGCACCCUCAGCUUGAUUCUGUUUUUACAUUGGCUCAAAAUUUGAAAAAUAAAACUUCCAGUACAGACAUUAGGACAGUGAUCACAGAAAAACUGGAGAGGGUGAAGAACCAGUGGGACAAUACUCAGCAUGGUGUGGAGGUGCGGCAGCAGCAGCUGAAGUACAUGCUGACAGACAGUCUGCAGUGGGAUGAACAGCGACAAGAAAUGGAGCACCUUAUGGAGCAGUGUGAGAUCCGUCUGCGUAUGCUCCUGCAGUCCCCAAAAGAGAUGCUCACCAAACGGAUUGCAGACAACAAACUGUUAGUACAGGAUUUGCAUAGAGGUGACAUCACGGUAGCUGCAUUCAAUGAUCUUUCUAAUAAACUUCUUCGAGAAUAUCGUGAUGAUGACACAAGGAGGGUGAAGGAAACCACUGACCAAAUGAACACUUGUUGGGUUAACCUGAACCAAAGAGCUGUUGAUAGGCAGAAUUUCUUGGAGACAGAGCUGAAGACAGUACAGGCCUCACACAAGGAUCUGGAGAGUUUCCUCAAGUGGCUUCAAGAAGCAGAGACAACAGUUAAUGUUCUAGCAGAUGCAUCCCAACGUGAGAACACUGCUCGGGACAGCACCUGCUUAAGGGAACUCAGGAAGCAGAUGCAGGAUAUCCAAGCUGAGAUUGAUGCCCACAGUGACAUCUUUAAAAGCAUCGAUGGGAACAGACAAAAGAUGGUGAAAGCCUUGGGAAACUCUGAGGAAGCUGCCCUGCUCCAGCACCGCCUCGAUGACAUGAACCACCGCUGGAAUGACCUGAGGGCAAAGUCAACUAACAUCAGGGCUCACUUGGAGGCCAGUGCAGAGAAAUGGAACAGAUUGCUGACAUCCCUGGAAGAGCUGAUCAAAUGGCUGAAUACAAAAGAUGAAGAACUAAAAAAGCAAAUGCCCAUUGGAGGGGAUGUUCCAACCUUACAGCAACAGUACGACCACUGCAAAGCACUGAGGCAUGAACUGAAGGACAAAGAGCAAACCAUUCUCAACGCUGUGGACCAGGCACGAGUUUUCCUUGCUGACCAACCAAUUGAGGGGCCUGAGGAACCACGAAGAAACUUACAUUCAAAAACAGAGUUGACUCCUGAGGAGAAAGCCAUGAGGGUUGCCAAAGCUAUGCGUAAGCAGUCAUCAGAGGUAAAAGAGAAGUGGGAGAACCUAAAUGCCAGUGCCAGUAUCUGGCAGAAGCAAGUAGACAAAGCAUUAGAAAAACUGAAAGACUUGCAGUGUGCCAUGGAUGACCUCGACGCUGACUUGAAGGAGGCUGAAAACGUGAGGAAUGCCUGGAAGCCAGUGGGAGACUUGCUCAUAGAUUCAUUACCAGACCACAUUGAGAAAACUACAGCUUUUAGAGAAGAAAUUGCUCCCAUCAACCUGAAAGUCAAAACAGUGAAUGAUUUGUCCAGUCAGCUGUCUCCACUUGAUCUUUACCCAUCACUAAAGAUGUCUCGUCAAUUGGAUGAUCUUAAUAUGCGUUGGAAACUUUUACAGGUGUCUGUAGAGGAUCGCCUUAAACAGUUACAGGAGGCACACCGAGAUUUUGGACCUGCAUCACAGCACUUUCUUUCCACCUCAGUACAGUUUCCAUGGCAGAGAUCUGUUUCACAUAACAAAGUGCCCUAUUAUAUCAAUCAUGAGACACAGACAACCUGUUGGGAUCAUCCUAAAAUGACUGAGCUGUUCCAGUCCUUAGCUGACUUGAACAAUGUACGCUUCUCUGCCUACCGGACGGCCAUCAAAAUCCGGAGACUGCAGAAAGCUCUGUGCUUGGACCUGCUGGAUCUGAACACAACAAGUGAAAUUUUCAAACAGCACAAGUUGAGUCAAAAUGACCAGCUGAUUGGUGUCCAGGAUGUGAUCAGCUGUCUCACUAGCAUCUACAGUGGACUUGAAGAGAAACACAGAGAUCUGGUGAAUGUUCCUCUUUGUGUAGACAUGUGUCUUAACUGGCUACUCAAUGUAUAUGACAGUGGCCGAACUGGAAAAAUUCGAGUGCAGUCCCUGAAAAUUGGCUUGAUGUCUCUAUCUAAGGGCCUUCUGGAAGAAAAGUACAGAUAUCUCUUCAAGGAGGUGGCAGGCGCCACCGAAAUGUGUGACCAGAGGCAGCUGGGCCUGCUGCUUCACGACGCUAUCCAGAUCCCGCGGCAGCUCGGGGAGGUGGCGGCUUUUGGUGGCAGCAACAUUGAACCCAGUGUGCGCAGCUGCUUCCAACAGAACCAUAAUAAGCCAGAAAUAACUGUAAAGCAAUUUAUAGAUUGGAUGCGCUUAGAGCCUCAGUCUAUGGUAUGGCUACCAGUUCUACACCGUGUGGCAGCUGCAGAAACUGCAAAACAUCAGGCCAAGUGCAACAUCUGUAAAGAGUGUCCAAUUGUUGGCUUUAGGUACCGGAGCUUAAAACAUUUCAACUAUGAUGUCUGUCAGAGCUGCUUCUUUUCUGGCCGUACAGCAAAGGGGCAUAAAUUGCAUUACCCAAUGGUGGAGUAUUGUAUACCUACAACAUCUGGGGAAGAUGUACGGGAUUUCACGAAGGUGCUGAAGAAUAAGUUCCGGUCCAAGAAGUAUUUCGCAAAGCAUCCCCGGCUUGGCUACCUGCCUGUGCAAACAGUGCUGGAGGGUGACAACCUGGAGACUCCUAUCACUCUCAUCAGUAUGUGGCCAGAGCAAUAUGAUCCUUCCCAGUCUCCACAGCUAUUUCAUGAUGACACACACUCCAGGAUAGAGCAGUAUGCUAGUAGGCUCGCGCAAAUGGAAAGGACCAAUGGCUCCUUCCUCACGGACAGCAGCUCCACCACAGGAAGUGUAGAGGACGAGCAUGCCCUUAUCCAGCAGUACUGUCAGACGCUGGGAGGAGAGUCUCCUGUGAGUCAGCCACAGAGUCCUGCUCAGAUACUCAAGUCGGUGGAAAAGGAAGAGCGAGGAGAGUUGGAGCGCAUCAUUGCUGACCUCGAGGAAGAGCAAAGGAGUCUGCAGAUAGAAUAUGAGCAACUAAAGGAGCAACAUCUUCGGAGAGGAAUAAACCCUCUUGCAUCACCUCCUGAGUCCAUUGUGUCACCUCAGCAUGCUUCGGAAGAUGCUGAGCUCAUAGCUGAAGCUAAACUCUUGAGGCAACAUAAAGGGCGCCUGGAAGCAAGGAUGCAGAUAUUGGAAGAUCACAAUAAGCAAUUGGAGUCUCAGCUUCACCGGCUACGGCAGCUGCUUGAGCAGCCUGAGUCAGACUCCCGGCUUAAUGGUUCAUCACCACAGCACUCUGCCCUCAGCUACCCACUCGAGCAAGAGACAAGCUCACAGUUUCAUCAGACAGAUGACUUGUUAGUUCCACCUCAUGAUACCAACACAGAUCUAACAGAUGUUAUGGAGCAAAUCAACAGCACAUUUCCAGCCUGCUGCUCAAGUUUCACUGGCAGACCGCAGGCAAUGUGAAGUGUUCAUUUGGACAUCAACCUGUGCUUCCCAAUGUGCAGUUACAGCCCUUCUCUACAAACCACCGAUCGCAAGUUCCACUUCAUCAGAAGGCUGCGUGGGACCUUGGAACAUGCUGUUUGCUCUGUGUGUUCUACUUGAAAUAGUAAAACACUGAAUACCCAAAGACAAGGAUGUUGUUUUUUAUAGUAUUGUUGUUUUUCUUCUUCUUCCCUUUCUAUGCAACUGUAAAUUAAUGAGCAGUGGAGUAUUUGUCACUGAUUUGUAUAAAUAUACAGCCACGGGAAAAGGGGCAGGGGCUUUAUAUACGUUCUUUUUGAUAAUCGUAAAGAGAACUGCCUGAGGAGUUUGGAGCAAAAUGUUACAUUUAUACAUUCCUUUCAGCUCUUUGCUUUUACAUUGUAAGAUACUCUUAGUUAUAUUCUCAAACAUUUAAUAUUCUGUAAUGAUUAUUUAUAUGCUAACCAUCUGACCACGCAGAUCCCAGAUUACCCUUUAAUUGUUUU